UUUUUGUCUAGUCCUAGUCGCGUCAACAGCAAAUACCGUAAGAACAUCUGUGCCGCACGUGACAGAACUCAGUGAAAAAGUAAAGUUCAAACUGGUUUGCAUAUUUUGGUUUAUUUUGUUUUAGUAAAUUUGCAUAAUCUUGCAAUCCACAUGGUGUGGCGUCAUCGCUUUAAAUGAAUUUUUAGUCGCAAGAAAUCACUCCAUGCUGGAUCAUUCAAUCACCUUCACAAUGAGAGUUUUUCAUGCUCAGCGCUUGAAGAAGAGUACAUGCCCUCUUUUCCUUUGUGUUGUGCUGCUGUUGACGCUUGAAGAAGUGGUAAAUAAAGCAAAUGCCUUACAAAUGAUUACUCAACCGAAUAAAACGAUAGUGUCCUUCAUUGGAUCUAAUCAAACCUUUUCUUGGAAUUUUCUUCUCACUGAGGAGGAGAAAGCUAAAGAGUUGAAAGUUACCUUUGGUCAUUGGAGCAAAGAAUAUAGCAUGGUUUUAGGCGACCAGUUGGUAACAUUUGUUCACAAUUCGACAGCGAAGGAAACAGUAUAUAAAGGAAAUGCCUCAAUUGCAAGGCGUUUAAACUGGGUGGGAGACAUGGCCCGUGGCUUCGUGGCUUUCCAACUUACUGAUGUUCAAGCGCACGAUUCUUCUGAUUAUGGAAUCCGGUUCCGUGUGGAUGGUUUUCCACCAGAGACUGAAGAGAGUGGGUUCACUCUCUCUACGCAGGAUCCUCCUUCGAUACCGACAAGGACGCCAGAACCCCAAGACGUUACUAUCAAGAUAGUGGAAGGUGACGUCCUCAACAUCACGUGUCGCACCUUAAUGUACGGACGUUCUUCGGUGUCAUGGCUGAAAGAUAACAAACUUAUUGAGAAUGAAGACGAAAAGACUCUCUUCCUUGGAAAUGUCAGCAGAUCGCAAGCAGGAGAGUACAUUUGUGUGUCGCUGUCACCAUAUGGAAAUCACAGUUCACCAGUUACUACCGUUGAUGUGUUAUACCCUCCAAAAAUACAAACCGGUGAUGAGCAAGUAUUGGUGGAGUUAUUGAGAGGGCAUUCCACGCCGCUUACAUGUAUAGCCUCUGGAAAUCCAUCCCCGGUAUUAAGUUGGCACAGGCAAAGAGAUGGGAUCAGCGAGACAUUUAAAAAUCCCUCGAACUCAAGCUCUCUGGUAGUCACCCCUAUAAAUGACACAGACUUUACAAGUUACACGUGCAUAGCAACAAACAAAAUGGGAUCGGAUCAGGUGACAUUUAUAUUGAAGGAAAAAGCUGACAAGCCAGCAAGCGAAUCAGGAACUCAAGAUCCAGGUCAAACUAGAAUGAGCGGCCAGGGCCACAGCAGCUUAGUGAUGUACAUGUGCGUUGGUGCUGGAAUUGCUGUGCUUGCUGUUAGUUUGGUAAUGGCGUAUGUUUACUGGCGAAAACAGCGGGGAAACUCGAAGAAUUGCUGCACACGUAGCAUUGAACGAGACGGGGCCGAAAGAAUCCCUUUAGGUCCACAAGAUGAGGACACUAAAACAACUGAGAGUUUGCAGGCCUAGAGAUACGUUCAAAGGUGGGGCUGGAAACUAGCCGUGGAACCAUUUUUCAAUUUUCCAGGAGGUUAAAGGUGUUAGAUGAUAAAAUUACAAUUAUAGUUAAUCUACAAUGACGUAAGGGUUUCCUGUAUUGGUGUUGGAAAGAAAAGUAAUGGAAAUGUUAUUUUAUUCUAAGUCAUUUAAUGUAAAUUAUAAAAAGGGGAGGUUGAUUACUUCGUACUCCUUCUUGGUGGUCUCAUCUUAAGGGUCGAGUUUGAUCACGUUCUUCUUGUGAGUUUGGCCACGUUCUCCUAGUGAGUUUAAUCACGUUUUCUUCGUUGUGAUCGUAAGGUUGACAUGGAACUCGUGAUAAGCCAUGUUCUUAAAUAAGUUAAUUUGUUAGUCCAGGAAGAGUAAAUCUCCCUGGUAAUAGGUCGUGUUCGACACCUUCGUGUUCCCAGAGGUAAUUUAAGGGUAAACAGGUGAUGCCCCUCAUGUUUCGCAACAAGAAGCAAUUUGGGGGCGGUACUUGUGAGCGCCUUUCUUCUUUAACUCUUGUGACCAAGAUGUUGUUAUGUAACAAUCUUUGAAGGUGAUUUUCUCUUAAGAUACACUUUCAGGUAUAAAUAAUACUCUACACCAAGGUUAUUUGUAAUUUUUAUAUUGCCGAUCUCGUUUCUGUUCUGGCCGAUCUCGACCGUAAAGAUAUGAAAAUUAGGGAAGAAGUUGAUUUUGUAACUGCGUAGACAACCCUAAGGUGCUAACUCAGUAUGUGGGAACUAUAAUACGUAGUCAAGCGUGAUUCGCUAGUUGAGAUGGUACGAUGACGACUCAAGAAGAUUGACGGCUUAGAAAUGUCAUCCACAGUGUCACCUUUAUAAGCGGAGACUCUAGUUUUCCCUGUUAUAUUGAAGCUAGUCCCCAUUGUAACAACUUAAGAAGAAAAGUAAUUAAAGAAGGAUCAACCAAACCACAAACGAGUGUUAGAGAAAUUAAUUCUAACAAAGGAGCCAUUGGUGAUAUUUAUGUUGUUUGGUCUGUGCAUACUACGCGUGUAUUAGCCUUCAUUGCAUUUCGUUCCUUAUUUAACUUAUCAUAUCGUUUUUCUUUGACGAAUGACUCGAUAGUAUUCUAAAAUUGGGGCCAUAUAAUCAAUAAAUUCAUAAAAAAAAGUACAUCAAGACAGAACCCCAAUCGUGUGCGAGGAAAAAUAGGUAGUCCCCCUAGCUAAUCCAACCAUUAAGCUUUGCACGAAGUCUUUUUUUAUUGGGUGUGUAUACCGUGUUUAGCUCUCACUUUGGGAGGUUGGUGGAGUUUUCAUGCGUGAUGGAUGAUCAGGGCAAAGCAUGUUCCUUGACUCACGAGUUUAAUGAAAGAGGGGCAUGCCUCAUGAUCACCAAUUGAAAAGGGUGACUUGACUUCCAAAUUCUACGUUUCCCGACAGUUAUUUGUGUUAAGGCCGUUGCACACGACUCAGCCUCUCACCCUUAAGAAGACCAUUAAUUUGUAAGUCACGUGAGACACCUUUCAUUUAAUUUUCUGUCCAUUGUUAGUUACAAUGAAUCCAUGAUUUGAAAAUUACGAGAGGUAAAGAAAAUAAGUAGGAGAAUGAAAAUAGUGAAAAUACUAAAGAAAUCUUGUAAAUAUGCUAAGAAAAAUUGAAUAAAGGAAAAUAUUGAG